AUACUGGUUUCUCUCCCCUUCACAAGUAUUGUUGGCCAACUAAUACAAACAAACCUAUCUAUGUCUAGUAAUGAACCUUAUGCUUCGUCUUCUUCAUUUGACCGGAAUGACGAAUCCUUGCAUGAACGUGCACCAUUACUACGGGAAGGCCAAAGCUCUGGAUCGAGGAAGGACAAGGGGAAGGCGACCAUUACAUCACCGAAUUAUACCGAAGUCGCACCUGCCGCUUCUAUCGAACAUGAAGAGCACGUCUCUCGACCACGACGGAACAAAUCAUACUAUGUGCUUUCCAUACUCUGUACGAUAGUUGUCCUCACCGUUAUAUUAGGCUUACUGUUUGCCCCGAAUAUUGCACAACGGUAUUUACGGGACGGUGCUGAUGUCUCUUUCGACGAAGCAUCUAUCGUCAAUAUAUCCAAUCCAGACAGUCUCGAUAUACACGUUGCAGGCAAAGUCAUCUUGAACGAUCGUCUGUUCGGUCUGUCACAAAAGGCAUCCGAUCUUUUUGGACAACUCUCCACAGUGCAGUCUGCGCUAAAUGUAUAUAAAUCCGCCAAAUCAGGUACCAAGGCUACGACCGAUGGCUCAGCUUUGGGAACCAUCGUACUACCUGAAUUGCUACUGGAGGAAGGUGACCGGACAACCAACUUUUCUUUUACUUCACAAUUUCGAAUCGGGGAUAAAGAACAGCUAGCUGCGUUUUGCCAAGAAGCCGUCAAGCAAAAGGAGGUAGUAUGGAGGGUCAAUGGCCCUGUGGGCGUCAAGGUUGGAUGGUUCCCCAAAACCUUGGCAAUGAAUAUAGAGAAAGAUGUUGUUCUUGAAGGUAUGGAUGGAUUACAACAAGCGGAACUCAAAUCCAUGUCGUUUCCCGGAGAACACCCUAAAGGUGGAAUUAUAGUAGAGGGUCAAGUAAGCAUUUACAAUCCUUCAAGCAUGCUGAGCUUCAAGUUGGGCAAUGUUGAUUUUGGAAUCUUUGCUCCCAUAGCAAAUACUUCCAGAGACGCAUUGAUUGCCAUUGUCCGUGCUCAUGACGCAUCUUUGAUGGGUAAACAAGUGAACACAUUCAAUGUCACUGGACGUACUAUUCCUAUGGAUAGUGACGAUAUGGAACGCAAACAAGCUCUCGAAAAAUUUCUAUCUGAUUACUUGAAAGGAGAGAGCAGUAUUUUCCAUGUCCGUGGAAGUGAACGGGGACCAGAAGAUGACGAGAACUCGGAUUUACCGGAAUGGAUGAAGAAGGCAUUGUCAAGCGUUACACUGGCGAUCCCCUUUCCAGGCUCCGCUCAGAAAGACUUUAUAGAAAGCUUGGCAAUGAGUAAUAUUUCCAUUGAUUUUGCUACAGGAGUAGGCACUGUGGUUUCCGGAAGUGCAACUGCCCUGCUGCGACCACCUCCUGAAAUGAAAUUCGAUAUCAAUGUUGAAUCAGUCAAGCCGGUGGUCUACCUGUAUAUGAGUGACGACUACAAAACCCCCUUUGCCAAACUAGAACCAUCUGAUGCCUCACCGGCCAAAACAAGUUUACCGCGGGAUGAUCCCUCUGUUCCUCAAGACUUGGUUCGAGUAGAAUCCAAUCUCGAACGUGUACCGUUGACUUUACUUCCUGACGGCGAGGAUGACUUGGAAAAGUUCCUCAACAAGACUUUCUAUGGAACAGAAAACAAGGUUUACAUCGGUGGUACUGUGGAUGCUAAAGUGGCCAGCGCUUUUGGAAAUCUGACGGUGAAAGAUCUUGCCUUCAAAGGCGAAAUUUCAACUAAAGGAAUGGGCGGGCUGUCAGAUCCUCCUCCUCGGUUGGACUCGAUUGAACUGAAUCAUGGAUACCCCGAUGCGCUUCGUGUCUAUGCCAAUCUUAGUCUUUUUAACCCAUCGGAUGUUACAGUUACUCUUGGUCCUGUUAAUAAUUAUCUUCUUUAUGAUGAAGGCCGAAUAGGAAAUGCCACUCUUGCCAACCACACCCUUGUACCAGGCUGGAAUACUAUUCAAGCCACAGCGUUUUUCACUCCGAAUGAAGACGAUUCGCGUGAAAAAGCAAUGGAGUUUAUCAGCGCUUAUAUUAGCGGCCAAAAUCAAACCAAUUUGACCAUAUCAGGAGACCAUCCCAACUCCUCGGCCUCUCCAACACUGCAGACCAUGCUCCGCAAUUUUAAGUUCUCGUCAAGCGCUCCACCCAUGAACCAUACUUUGCUGGUGGCUACUCAGAUAAACAUUUUUUCAUCCACUGCUGAAAUGUGGUUGGUAAAUCCCUUCAACACUACAGUCAUCGAAGUACUCGCUGUGAAUGCAACUGCGAGCUACCAUGGCCUCAAAGUAGGAACGGUUCAUGCGGAUUUUGAAGACUUGAGUGAAGGUUGGACACGUCGCCUUAUUCUCCCCAGUAAUGGUACGACAGUGCAUACCGAAAAGUUGCCAGUGAUGUUCGAAGUAGGCGGUGGGUUUGAAGCUAUUCGAAAAGCAGUUGGAAAAUCCAUUGAAGUGGACGUUGACAGUAUUAUUCGAGCAAGAUUGGAUGAUCUGCACAUUUAUGAUUUGCAAUAUCAUAGAAGCAAUGUGUCUGCUCGAGUGCGCCUUUUUCAAUAGAAACCGAAAAGGAGAACUUUUGCAAAUUGGUGGCGUGUAAUAAUAAUAAAAAUUACUGUUGAAAGCCUCACUUGCCAUUGUUCGGCCUGAUAAGAACCAAACAUUGGCCUGUUAGACCCAACAUUUUACAUAAAUUAAUAAAA